AUGACCGACCCGCCGUUCCUCCUGAAGCCUAAGAGGCUCUCCCUCGUUCCGCAGUCGCCCGCCCGACCUCGCACGGGAGAUGACAUCUUCCCCCAUUUGAGCCCAACCACAGCCGUCGAGGCCCUAACUUCAGGCAACGGGGCCCUGCGAGGCUGCCUAGAUGGCGCGUCUGCUGCCGAGCGAGACUUUGCUAUGCGAGCAGCGGUCGCUUCACAAAGAAUAUGGGAGUGGAUUGACGAGCUUUCCAGCUGGGAGUGGCCUCUCGAGAGCGCCUCUGCUGGGUUUGUGACUCCCAAUAACACACUGCCAAGACUGUCAUUACAAGCCAACGUGCCAAAGAUUGUUGGAAGCGAGUAUACUGGCAGCCUACCCGCUCAAGAGGUGGCUCUGUACGAGCGGAGAAUUGAAGAAAUACAUCGAGAUAUGAAUGGCUUGGCACUGGAAGAGAUCAAGAGCCAAGUCCUGACGAACCACAUCCUGCCCCUUUCGAGACCGAAUACACCGCUGUCAAUAUCAAGCAAGGGAAUGUCUCGUACCUCUGCUUAUACUAAGAUGGAGGAUCUCUCCGCAGUUGUCACGACAAUUGUCGUCCAGACACUACCAAACAUCUCCAGACUCAACCAACUGCUGCGAAUAUGGAGCAGCCGUCUAGCUGUUCUGCAACGUGUUCCGUCCUUGCUUUACGCGCUUGAGGACGCCGAGGCUGGAGUCCAGGCUGGCUGGACUGCUAUUUCCAAGCCACUUAGAAGGUCAAUUCAGGUUGAUGGCAGAGGGGCUGUUGUCCGGAAACCGACACUGAAUCGUAGUGACUUUGAGGUUAUGAACAAAGUUCUUAUUAAGAAGGUCGCAACUCCUGGCAGAGCAUUGGACUACAUGCUUGAUAAUUUGGAGGGAAUGGACGACACAAUUCCGGACAGCUGGCUGGAUCGUAUGGAAGCCGUUGAGCGCAGCUACAGCGAGUGGGUGGCUGCCUGCGAGAGAAAGAUCCGCGAAACAGAGUGGUCCAGGUCGGCAAAGGGGCAAAAAUCUUCCAAGUCACCUUCAGCACAAGCUCCUAGGGAUAUCAUCGACGGCACAUCAUCUGGGCCUAGCGAUCUGCCCACAGAUGACUCUGGGAUCGCCAUCAUGUUAACGGUUUCUCCGAAGCCUGGUAGUACAUCCGCCAUCCCUGUUUCAUCAGGUGUCAAGGAUGAUAAUGUACCCCAGAUAUCGGCCAGUGAUGGUCUAUCUAGCCGUGAUGCAAGAGAACCACAGUCCAUUGAAGAUAACGGCCCGAGAACUCCAUCUGACGAAGGAUCCUUUGAUUCCGAACUUGCGCUAGAAUCUUCCGCUCAGGCCAACCAAUCAAUAUUUGUUGGUGACAAUGACUCGCCAACAGAGCACGAUAUGUCAGGCAUUACCAGGUCCAUGUCGCCGGUGGACGAAGAAGAGGAAGGAGGAGAUGAAGCGGAUCUACCUCGGCUUCGCAAAAGUACCACACAUCAUAGCAGCUCCCCCGAAAGCUUUCUGAUACAUGGAGAUGGAGACACAAGCCGGUUUGAUCUGACCAGUGAUUUGCCUGAAGUAUCGGCUUCUCCCCCAGUGCCUCGGGACCGGAUCCGCGAGGCCCAAUUUGUUGAUGACAGCCCUCCCAGUUCGCCACCACUUCCUUUGGACGACACGAGGGACUCUUCGCCUCCAAAUGGUCUACUUGACAGCCCUGUCAUUACGUCAGUUCCCGAAAAUGACAGCUCUAUGUUUGACAAGACGCUUGUCGAAGGCUCAUUUGUCUAUGAUUUCGAUGACUCUAUGUCAGUAUCUGAACUAGCAGGGCCUACGUAUCGACGAGACAGCACUGGGGACAAGCAGCUGCGUCAACAGAUCAGCGAUAUUAUUGAGUCAAUACCAGCUAAGAUCAAGUUGUCAGCCGAGACGCCUGCCGUCAACCUGAAUCCCCCGGACUUACAGUUACCUCGGAUUAAGAAGAAAUCAUCCAAGGAGAUGUUCAAAAGGAGCACAUCAGGCCUGUCGUCUCGCACUGCGACGCCCUCUUUCACCCUGUCGCCGGCAAGAAGUACACGACCGCGUCCUACCCGGGGCCAACAGGAGAUAAAGGUCUAUCAUCUAUCCCGAUCGACCGGCGAACCACCCAUCAAGCUCUUCAUCCGAUGUGUUGGCGAGCAUGGUGAACGUGUCAUGGUUCGAGUUGGCGGCGGGUGGGCCGACUUGAGUGAGUACUUGAAGGAGUACGCGAGUCACCAUGGGCGUCGCUCGGCCGGAAAAGAAAAGGCUGCCAGGAUCGAAGUUCAAGACGUCCCGCGCGGCUCUACACCAUCUGCGAUGGGGGCGGGAUCGAGCCCACCAAACCGCCCAGCUUCGGCUGCUGCGGUUUCAUCUGAGCAUUCCCCCGUUACACCGCUCAAUAUUCGCAAAACGAGGAGAAGCAUUGGUGCCGCUAACAGCGAGCUGCCGAGAUUGCGACCCAAGACACCCGCCAUAGCCACCCCGACCGCUGAUACGCCGUCGUCAGAAGAAUCAACUCGCUCCAGACCCGGGUCUCGUCUCAGCUGGUUUGAAGAUGAUAGCUCAUUUCUUGGUCUUGCCGGGCCAACAGGCAAGAAGGUUGAAAUGAGUGAAGAGAACAAAGCUUGGGUAGAGAGUGUCAAGGAGAAGGUUCGUCAAGUUAGUGGUGAGAGGAGGAUUCCCCCACCAGAUGAGAGGAAUAGAUUUGGUGACUUGGGUCGAGUUGGUGGCACGAAGAGGUUGUUUCGCAAGGCAGCUGAGAACGGCGCGCAGGGGAAGAGGUGA